CGCGAUUUGUAAGAGACAUGCUGUUCUCAUUGGUUUAUUUGAGCAACGCUUUUAACGUAUCACCAGCUGUUGAAGUUACGUUUGUUUGAAAUCAAACGGCAACUGAAGUUUGUUGGGUUGCUUGGAGCUUCGAAAUUUGACUGCCAUGCAUGGACGGUAAAUACACUUCGUUAGAACAAAAAAAGAGCAUGUGCAGUGUCUAAAAGAUAAUAAUAACAUACAAAAAAGAAAUAUUCGAUUUAUAUAUACGAUAUUAAGUAAAGAAACUAAAUCUGAAUAAUGGCCACAAUUCGUGUACAUGAAGAUCAAGAAAAUCGUAUCGUGGAUGUUCGUCGUGGCAAAGAAAAUAUUACUGUGCCCCUUCAAAAUCAAACAUUACAAGCACCAAAACGUGCAGUUCUAGGUGUACUUCACAAUAAUUGUAAACGUAAUUCCAAACCAGAAAUUUAUAAAGAUGAGAAAUUUCCAAGAACAAAAGCAGUUAUACCUACACAAUUUGAGCCUUUUAAAAUUUAUGAGGAGAAGAAAGAAGAAGUUAUAUUUAAAAUCUAUGAAGAUAAAUUAGAAGAAGAAGCUUCUGUUGUACUUAGAGACACUAAAGAAAAAGAAAUAAAAGAUAUACAAGAUGUUAAGUUUGAAAGAGAAAAACCAAGGUUAGAGGUGAAUCCUAUCAAUUCCUCAAAUUUAUUAACAUUUUGCAAUGCUACUCAAGACAUAGAUCAAAAGAAAGAAAAUGAAAUAAUUUUCUCACAAGACAGUCUAAUGUCUUUAGAAAAAUCUGUUACUUAUUCCUCUUCCAAAAAAGAUCUUCAGAAACGAAGAGAGUCUAUCAAGGAAUUGAGAGCAAAUUAUGAUGUGGAUGAAUAUAGAGCUGAUAUAUAUAACUAUUUACGUAUAGCAGAGACACAGCACAGACCAAAACCAGGGUAUAUGAAGAAACAACCUGAUAUAACAUAUUCAAUGAGAUCAAUACUGGUGGAUUGGCUUGUUGAAGUAGCUGAAGAAUAUCGGUUACAAACUGAAACACUUUAUUUAGCUGUUUCUUAUAUAGACCGUUUCUUAUCAUACAUGAGUGUUGUAAGAGCAAAAUUACAGCUGGUUGGCACAGCAGCUAUGUUUAUUGCUGCAAAAUAUGAAGAGAUUUAUCCACCAGAUGUAGGAGAAUUUGUGUAUAUUACGGAUGAUACCUAUACCAAGAAACAUGUACUACGUAUGGAACAUUUAAUUUUAAGGGUUUUAUCCUUUGAUCUGACUGUACCAACACCGCUUACUUUUCUUAUGGAAUAUUGUAUUAGUAAUAAUCUUUCAGAAAAAAUAAAAUUCUUAGCAAUGUAUCUGUGCGAAUUAUCGAUGCUUGAAGGAGAUCCAUAUCUACAGUUUUUACCUAGUCAUUUAGCUGCAUCUGCAAUCGCACUUGCACGAUAUACAUUAUUAGACGAGAUGUGGCCGCAUGAGAUAGAAUUAUCAACAGGUUACAGUUUAAAGGAUCUGAAGGAAUGCGUUAUUUGUCUAAACACGACCUUCUGUAAUGCGUUAAAUAUUCAACAACAAGCUAUACAAGAGAAAUAUAAGAGCAGCAAAUAUGGACAUGUAGCGUUGUUGUUACCACGACGUAUUGAUAAUGUGACAUUAACUUCUGAAGAUGAAGAAGAAAAUGCCUAGUAUUUAGCAGGCAUUGAAAAAAAAUAGAAAAAUCUGUAAAUUUAUGGAAAUAACGAACCUCCCAUUAUGAAUCCCAUGUUAUGAAAAACAAGGAGGGGAUUAGGGCAAGACUGACCUAUUGUUUCACAAAUGAAAUGUACGAGUUACUUCUUUAUUAGCAUGUUUGGUCAAUAUGUUUCGCCUAAACAAACAUAUUGACUUUACUUUCAUAUUUCACCAGCACCUAUACUUAUUAUAGGUUGUAGGUAAAUUUAUAACUAUUUUUAGAGUUUCGUCAUUAUAUUAACGUACGAAGCUCUAAAUUAUGUUAUUUAGGAAUUGUAUUUUUAUAUGCAUUUUUUAGAUGAUUGUUAACAGAACAUUUGCUCUACAUAUAUUAAUGUCUAAAUUUUGUUGCCAGUGAUCUGUCAUAAUAAUAGAACGUGUAAGAAUAAUAACUGUAUUUAUUAUUGAUAUUGUACUAAAAAUACAUACACAUUAUUGUGGUGGAAAA